UUGUGUCUUUUUUCCAGGCAUAUUGCCCCUUUGCUGCAGCGGAUUCUGCUAGAUGGUCAGGACGCUUGGGCUCACAGACAGAGAGGAAGGAGGGAGAUCGAGGUCUACUGUUGCUGAAUAAGCUAUUUGGACCAAGUGAUCUACCCGAACAUCCAGGUUCUCAAGAAAACCUGGACCUCCCUCCCCCUCAUGCUGGCUCUCCCAAAGCAGAUGUCCUCUGACCUCUCUGUCCCCGGUGCAGUAGAAAGGAUUGGAGAUGAGCCGCUGACGAAAAAGAAAGGACAGCUUAGUCAGGAUGACUCCGAAGAAGAAAAGGAAGAGGCUGAGGAGGAGGGGAGCUCAGAGGUGGAGAUGUCUCCCAAGGAGGUGGCAGAGGCCAAAAAGAGGUCUGAAGAAGACAAAGCAGCUGCCAGGGAGAGAGCGGCCCAGAGACAGCAGUUUGCCAUAGAGGAGCUAGUCCAGACUGAAAGGAAUUACCUGCGGCUGUUACAAGUUAGCACAGUGACAAUCAGGAGCAACCUGCAGAAACUACAGCCUCCCCUACCCAACCUGCACAGCAUGUUUCUCCACAUAGAGGAGGUGAUAGAUGUGUCUGGUCGACUGCUCAGCCUGCUGGACCAGAAGCAGGUGCAGCCUGGAGACCCCCUUUACCUGGAGACACUCUGUGAUUCGUUCCUUAGCCUGUCUUCAGACAUUGAGGCAGUCUAUAAGGAAUACUUGGCCAACUACAGCAACAUCACAGCGAUAGAAAACGGCUACAAACAGAAGGAGGCACUCUGGAGUGACAUAGUGAAAGUCAUCAAGACCUCAGCACCUGAGGUAAAUGCCACCUCACUGAGCUUCUUCCUGGUGAUGCCCGUGCAGCGAAUCGCCCGCUACCCUCUCCUCCUCCAGACCAUCCAGAAGCACACAGAGCCCAGUCACCCUGCCUACUCUCUGCUAGAGCAGACCGCUCACACUUCCGUCGCUCUCAACUGUCGCAUCAAUGAGUACAAACGCUUCAGAGAAGUCGCUGACAAAUACAAGAAGACAGAGACCCUGACCAUCAAGGAUAAGAUCAACCGUCUCAACAGCCACAGCAUUGCCAAGAAGACUGCUAGACUCAGCCAGCACAUCAAACACGAAACUGGAAUUGCCUCAAAGCUGGUGGAUGAGGAGUUUGAUGCGCUAGAAGGCUUCUUUUAUGCCCUGGAGAACGGAAUCCUCGAGCUUCAUGAGAAUGUGGAGACGUACCUGCAUCAUCUACAGAGUUUCCUUGCCUGUAAACCAGAGGAGUUUGACUUGGACAUGGACGGAGAGAAGCCAGCCAUAUGCUACAAGGAGAUCAACACUGCUCUCAGGCAAUGGAUACUCCCUACAUUUGAGAAAAGGAUGCGUACGCUAAUCCACAAACCCCUGUGUAUGCUCCGUGACCUUCUAGCAGGCCCCAGGAACCUGAUCCGAAAAAGACUGGAUAAGCUUCUUGACUUUGAAUUGAUAGAGGCCAGAUCCACUCUAAGCUAUGAGGAGCAGGCGGUGGCCAACACUUACAGAACCAUCAACACGUUGCUCCUUAAUGAGCUGCCUCAGUUCAAUGGCCUGGCCCUCCAGAUGAUAUGGAGCAUGUCGGGGACGUUCACCUGUCUGCACAGAGACCUGGCCUCAGACAUGGAGCAGCUGUUUCAGAGUUUUGCACAACAGCUGCCUCACAGUUCCUUGGACCCCAGAGCAUUCUGGGAGUGGACGGAGUGUGCUGUGCUUGAAGGGGCAAGGAGACUGGAGACACUGUGUCAGAGUGUGGAAGGGACGUUCAAUGCCCCCAUUGUCCAGCCUUUGAGCCCCUCCUCUCAGCGCCGUCUGAAGCAGCUGACCCAGAAACAUGGUUCUGGAAAGAUCUACCAGGUGACCAGCGCAGUGGUGGGCAGCCGGGACCUAGACCUGAGUCUCGCGCGGGGGGAGCUGGUAGCCAUCAUCAGCGAGACUGACAGCAAAGGAGAUAAAAGGAGAUGGCUUGUUGAUGCAGGAGGUCCAAGAGGUUAUGUCCCUUCCUCUAAACUGGUUCGCUAUCACCAGGCAACCGAGGACCCGCCCCCUUCACCUCACCAGUUCCUGCCAGUGGGCGGUGCUGGGCUCAGAAGACACUCAUACACCCCCGAAAGCAAAUCGAUGCCAACCAUGAGCCUGCCCUGCUUCCAGGUCUUUGCAGGCUACGACUUUGCUGCAAGGGGCAACCACGAGGUGUCGCUGCAGGCAGGUGACCCAGUGAGGGUCUUGGAGCCCCAUGACAAGCGGGGGAAUCCGGAGUGGAGCUUGGUGGAGACCCACAGAGGGCAGAGGGGCUACGUUCCCUCUAAUUACCUGGCCAUUGUGCCCGCCACAUCCACGAGCCCAGGGCCAUCCACCGCCUACUCAUCUCACCGCUAGGAAGCAAGGCACCAAGGAGGGC